AUGAAUUUCUUCAAAUCCGCCUUCUCGGAGUCUGAUGAUCCUACACCGCCCGACUCACCCAAAUCAUCACCCAACAACCCAAACCCGGAGCCUGACACUCCAACCCUAAACCUCACAUGGUCGUUUGGCUCUUUAAUCAAAACCAUAGCAACCAAAUCAGAAUCCAUGAUCGAAACCUAUAAAAAAGACAUCGAAGAAUUAGGAUCCGGUUUAAAGAAAGAAACCGCCGUCAUCCGUCAUGUCGCUUCGCGUGCCGUCCACGACCUCCCCGCUUCCUUUGAAACCGGCGCCGCCGUCGCUCAAGAGUCUCUCGAGUCCGUCGGCCAAGCCAUCGACGAUAUUGGAUCCACCGUUUGGAAAUCAACGGCCCAGAUCAUCUCUCACGGUAGGGACUCAGUUUUUUCAGCUGUUGAUCAUGAUCAUGAUAGUGAUGCAAGCAGUUUGCUUAAACGGCAAUCUUUGGAUGUGAAAUAUAGUCGUUUUGAUGCUCAAGCGCGCGCAUUGCAAAGUGAUUUGGAUACUUAUUGUUGUGAACCUGGGGAUAAGGAGGAUUAUGAGAAAUGGAGAUCAGAGGGUUUUGUGAUUGAAGAAAAAAAUGAAGAGAUUAAGAGAUUAAUUGGCGAAAAUGAGGUGGUUAAUGAAAUUUAUAAUGAGGUUGUGCCUAGUAGAGUUGAUGAUCGAAGUUUUUGGAGCCGGUAUUUUUAUAGGAUGUUCAAGUUAAAACAAGCAGAGGAAGCGAGGGCUUUGCUUGUUAAACGGGCGAUUUCUGGUGAUGAAGAGGAGGAUUUAAGUUGGGAUUUUGACGAUGAUGACGAAGAUGAAGAAGAGGGUAAUGUGUUUUUGUCAAAGGGUAAAUCGAGUGCCAUUGUAGGGGUAAACAAUGAGAACAAUGACGAGGAUUUAAUUGAGAAGGAAAAGGAUGAAGGGGCUCAGAGAGGCAUGGAUAAGUUAGAGGAGGAGGGGUAUAAUGGUGGAUCUAGUAAAGAUAGUGAUGUGUCAAUUGUUUCGAGCCAGUCAUUGCCGGAGGAGGAAGAUCUUGGUUGGGAUGAGAUUGAAGAUGUUGGUAGUAAUGAUGAGAACAAAGUGGAAGCUGUUGGGAGCACAGCGAGUGUGGGUACAAGCAGAGUUGAAGUGCAUAAGCGGUUCAGUACUGCAGAAGAAGAGGAGGACUUGAGUUGGGAUGUUGAAGAAGAAGAUGAAGAUGAUUUGCCUGUUAAGUGA